AUGGCCUCGGUUAAGGACUUUGGUUGCUCCAUGGAGCUGAGCGGCUGGAAUAGUAGUUUGACCAACGCAGCUUCGGUCCCCUGCAACCAGAGCAUGGUGAAACUCGCCGCCCCGUACUCCCCUGAGGCCACGGCGGCCUUCGCUACCGCCAUAACCCUGAUGGUCGUCUUCACUAUUGUGGGAAACAUCAUGGUCAUCAUCGCAGUGCUGACCAGCCGGUCACUUCGAGGUCCGCAGAAUUUGUUCUUGGUGUCACUGGCUGCUGCGGACAUCUUAGUGGCCACGCUUAUCAUCCCCUUUUCACUGGCCAAUGAACUGCUUGGCUACUGGUACUUCAAAUCUCUGUGGUGUGAGAUUUACCUGGCACUGGAUGUUUUGUUCUGCACCUCCUCCAUUGUUCACCUGUGCGCCAUCUCACUGGACCGCUACUUGUCCAUCUCCCGUGUCACCUAUGGACGUCAGCGGACACCCAGACGCAUCAAAGCUGCUAUUGUUGUGGUGUGGCUAAUUUCUGCCAUCAUCUCCUUCCCUCCGCUGCUGUCCCUGAAUAAAAGUGAGGGAGGGGCCGACGGGACUGAAAGAGGACCCCAGUGCCAGCUCAAUGAUGAACGCUGGUAUAUCCUGUACUCCACCAUCGGCUCCUUCUUUGCUCCAUGCCUAAUCAUGAUCCUGGUCUACGUAAGAAUCUACCAAAUUGCCAAACAGAGGACAAGGUGCCCACCAGGAGAGCCAAGGAAAGAUGGGGUAGGUUGUGCCACCCCAGGACAGGCAGCACGACAUGUACAAGCCAAUGGAACUGAUGAAGAAAGCACACCCCCUUCAUCAAAUAAAACAUCCAACAGCAGACCCCCCACCCUGGCAGUCACUCCUUCUCCUACUCCAAAACGGUCUCCGUCCUCUCAGAAUCCCACCAAUAAUCUCCUGCAGCCUCCGUCCACUUCUCCUGCUCCAACCCCAGCCACAGGCACCCCUCCCACCUCCCCUCAUGGCCCCUCACCCACCUCUAAUGUGCCUCCGUCUGCCCCUGCCAAGACCAAAGAGGAGGGGAAGAAGAACAAGCGCCAGGCAGAUAAAAAAGCUGACAAUAAUAAUGGUGACAGCUCAAGCACGGAAAGUGACAUGGAGCAUAGCCAAGGAGGGGGCAGGGGUAGUGCCAGCAUGGCAGGUUCACCCGGGGGUGGAGGUGUCCACUCCCCUGCCUCGAUCCAGCGCUACCGGGACAUGAUAGCCACUUCCAAGGGGGCUCGGCUGGUGCCAGGGAGAAAGUCAAAAGUCGACAACAACCCUGGAGCAGCGAGGCGUAAAGCCAUGGUCAACCGGGAGAAACGCUUCACCUUUGUCCUGGCGGUGGUGAUAGGUGUUUUUGUGGUUUGCUGGUUCCCGUUCUUCUUCUCCUACUCCCUACAGGCAGUGUGCCCCGAGACCUGCACCAUCCCUGAGCCACUCUUCAAAUUUUUCUUCUGGAUCGGCUAUUGCAACUCCUCACUCAACCCGGUUAUUUACACCAUCUUCAACAAAGACUUUCGAAAGGCCUUCAAAAAGAUUCUGUGCAGGGGUACUAAGGGGACUUUCUUUUAGGGAGGAUCCUCUGUGUAUUACAUGGACAUGAAACCUGCAGUCUUUGAGGCACAGGAAAAAAAAAAGACUUCACUUCCUCUCAAGUUUUUGCAAAGAACAUCACAAAGGGCUGUUGUUUCAAAAUGUGUUAAUAUGUGGAAAUUUCAGCAUAAAAUUCACAACUGAGAGGGCACUUUUUGACAGCUGCAGUGAGCGCACACUAGGCAACUUGGACAGAGAAACACCAACUUGCUGUUGAUACACACAUCACUCUAUACAGGUUGCAGGGUGAAAAUGGACAUGGGACAGAGGUAGU